ACAACGAAUCUACACCCACCCCACCAUUAUUGUUCCCCCAACUUCUGUUUUGUAUCUAUCUAUCUGACCAAUCUCAAUAACAAAGUUUUGAUUUUUGAUCCAAGGCAUUUGUGUUUCUAAAAUUCGUUUUUUUUUUUCGAUCAGAAUGACAACGGAGAAGCAGGAUUGUGUGUGUCUUGCUCCUCUUUUACCGGUGGAACAGAAUGAAAGGUCAGGGGAAGGAGGAUCAAUUUCUGGUGCUAUAUUUAAUAUCUCGACGGGCAUGGUUGGUGCUGGGAUUAUGUCUAUUCCUGCUACUUUUAAGGUUCUUGGUGUUAUUCCAAGCUUUUUUGUUAUCCUACUUGUGGGAUACUUUGUUGAGGUGACGGUGGAUUUCCUAUUGAAAUAUACACAUUCGGGAGAGUCGGAUUCUUAUGGUGGCCUUAUGGCUGAGUCUUUUGGAAAGUUUGGUUCUGUUGCUCUUCAGAUUUGUGUUAUCAUCACUAAUCUUGGUGCCUUGAUUAUUUACUUGAUUAUUAUUGGGGAUGUCCUGUCAGGAAAUAAUUCUGAUGGAUCAGUGCACUUGGGUACUCUACAGGAAUGGUUUGGCAUCCACUGGUGGACCUCACGGGCAUUUUCAGUUCUCGUUGUUGUGGUUUUUGUCAUGCUUCCAUUGCUCUCUUUAAAGCGCAUAGAUUCAUUGAGACAUGCAUCGGCAAUAUCAAUCCUUUUAGCUGUGCUGUUUGUUGUCAUAUGCUCAAUGAUGGCAAUACAUGCAAUGUGGGAGGGAAAAACACAAAAGUUACGACUGGUACCAGAUUUCUCACAUGGAGUUACCUUUACUGAACUGUUCACAACAAUUCCAGUUUUUGCUACUGCCUUUGGAUGUCAUGUUAAUGUUCAUCCAAUCAGAGCUGAGCUGGGAAGGCCCUCUGACAUGACGUCUGCUGUUCGCAUUUCCUUGGUAUUAUGUGUUGUCAUUUACUUUGCUGUGGGAUUCUUUGGGUACCUAUUGUUUGGGGACUCGAUCAUGGCUGACAUGCUGGUUAACUUUGAUCAAGCCUCUGACUCUUUAAUUGGUACAGCACUUAACGAUAUUGUUCGAUUGAGCUAUGCCAUUCAUCUCAUGCUGGUGUUUCCUGUGAUGAAUUAUUCUCUGAGGGUUAACGUUGAUGAACUAUUCUUUCCUAAAAGACCUCUGUUGGCCUCAGAAACAUUAAGAUUCUUUUCCCUUACCUGUAUUUUACUUGCAUUCAUUUACGGAGGUGCUGUAGCCUUUCCAAAUAUUUGGUACUUCUUUCAGUUCAUGGGAACGACAACAGUCAUGUGCAUCAUGUUCAUAUUCCCGAGCUCAAUAGUUCUUAGAGAUGCUCACAACAUAUCUACAACUCGGGAAAAGAUGUUGGCUGUACUGGUGAUCAUCUUUGCCAUUGGGACUAGUUCAGUUGCCAUAUACUCUAAUAUCGCGACUUAAAUUGCCAACAAAUGAACAACUUUGCCGGGUUGCGCUCUCAGAAUCAGUUGAUUGAUGAUGGAAGGUGGUUUAAUUAUGUGUAGAGAUCAGGAGAAGUUCUAAUGAGCAUUGGAAAAUCAUCAGUAAGCCAAUGAGAAAUGAGACCAGCUUUGUUCUUAGCCAAUGCCUUCAUGGUUAUCUUAUCCAGGCAAAGGGAAAAGAACUUUUUGGUAUCUUCAUGGCUGUUCUUCUUUUAUGCUAAAGCCAUAUGAAGCAACUGCUUUGCUCAAACUGUUGAGGAUCUUACCUGAUUUAGUUUUUUUCUUUUCCAGAAUUUUAUCUUCACCUUGGAAAAUAGGGAAGUCAUACCUGUCAAAUAAUGAUAAUUCAAGAAAUAAUUUGGUUUUUCUUUUUCAAUUUGAAGACAAUAUUUUUGUUACAUUAGUGGGAUGGAGGACAUGUACCAUGGAGUUAAGAUUAGGAUGAGGACUGUGGGGGAUACUCGAAGCUCUUCCUCAAUACUUAUGGGAUUGCACUAGGGGUCGGCUUCCCACACUAGUUAUAGAUGAAUGGACGUAUUGCAUGUAUAAGGUGAAGUCAUGGUGUGUGUAAUUCACAGAUAGAGUACUGAUUGACAAUGCUUACGGCAGGGUCGAAGAUUGAAUACUUAGAGUGAACAGUGUAAGUUCAGUGGCCUUACACAUGAGGUCGGCGUGGAAGUGAAGUUUGAUGCUCAGUCACACAGUAUAUUGGUGUAGAAUGGGUAAAAUGGAGGCUUUUCUCCCGAGUUUUAUGUGAUAAGAAGGUACCACCAAAUUUUAGAAGUAAGUUUUAUAGAAUGAUGGUUAGAAAGACUAUGUUUUAGGUGGUGGUGCGUCAGCCAGUCAAGAACUCUCAUGAUCAGAAAAUGGAAGUUGCUAAGAUGAGGAUGUUGAGGUGCAUGUGUGGAUGUACUAGGAGAUAUAAGAUUAGGAAUGAAGAUAUUCAGGACAAGGUAUGAGCGACCCCAUAGCAGACAAGAUAAAGAAAGUGGAUUGAGAUGGUUCGAAUAUGUGAAAAAGAGAAGUGUAGAAGCAGUGAAAGAUAUAAGAGUUUGCCAAUUGGGGGGUGGCCUGGGUGUCUAGAGAGUUAGAAGCACGUCGAAGAAGUAUAGGGAGAGGUGAUUAGACAAGGCAGUAUGCAUCUUUAGGUUAUUGAACAUGACCUUACAUAAGAGGAUUUUGAUGUGAUGGAUUGAGGUAGAAGGUUAGUUAGUAGUUGAGCAUUCUCUUGCUUUUCUGCGAAACAGGUUUGCGGUCGCACUUGGACCUUCUUUCUUCCAAUAGUAUUUAACACUACUUUUGUAAUUUUUUGUUCUUCAAUUUCGAUUAUUACUUUUCCUUGUGCUUUGUUAUUACAUUGUUUUAUUGUUGUUUUGUUCUUU